CUGUAGGUCGGUCAGACACACCACGAGGACUACAUUUAAGAUAGCACACAAUAUAAUAGGCAGCUGUGAGUGACAAAAAUAUAAAACAUAGCCUAGUUUGUGCGGGGAACGCUUGUGUUGACGUUUUUUGGCGGAGUUUACGGAGUUUAACAUAAGGAGGAGGAGGAGUAUUACUUUCAGAACCUGUUUACGUGAAUUCACAGCGAAAACAUGGGAAUAAGUCUGCCACAGGAGGCUGGAGUUUUGAUCUUGUCCUUGAUAGCACCCUUUCUGCUGUGCGGAAUGAACAACGUUCCUGCGGUUCAAGAACCUGCAGUGAUCCUGGUAAUGGGAGCCGUGGUCCUGCUGUCAGUCUUUCUUGUGGUCUAUCUCACCAUGCGACACAAAAAGGAUGUGGACCCACUUUUUUAUGUGUUUGCAGAGCUUUCGUUCACCUGCAUGGUUGGACUAACAAAUGCACUGGAGCAGGAUGGAUACAUCAAGGGUUUCAUGGGAUUCUACCUUAAGAAGGGAGAGCCAUAUCUCACCACAUCGUAUGCCAUCAUGAUGUGUUACUGGGACGGCAUUGUGCAUUUCACCCUCCAGCUCCUGAUGGUGCGACGCCUGAGCCAAGGGACGUCGUUCCGCAGCCAUGGCCUCUUCUGGGCUGGCUCCUCUAUUGCCAAUCAGAUCGUGUUCAUCCCAGGAAUCGUCAUUGGUAAAUAUGGCAGCAGUAUUCUUCCUGCGUUCUGGCGCAACAUCCCUUUCCUGGUGCUGCCCAUAUACUGUGCUGUAGCACUCCUGUGUCGGCCUAGAGAGAUGCCAGUCAUCCCUGCAGAUGAGGUGGCUGCUCAGCAGAAGAAGAGUGUGUUGACCCGGCCAGUUGACCUGCUGUUGUCCCUGAUGCUGCUGGGAGGGAUGGCCUUCACUGUGCUCAGGGCUUUUGUGGUUCUGGACUGUCGACUGGACAUGUGCUUCACCUUCAUCUACCAGUAUGAGCCCUACCUGAAGGACAAUGUGGCCUUUCCCAAAGUCAUGAUGCUGACGUUCCUGUUCUAUGGCCUCCCCCUCAUGGGGGCGUGUGUGUACGGUCUGAACACUCCCGGAAACGGCUGGAUGCUGGACUGGACCCUGCUCUUUGCUGGAGCCAUGACCCAGGCUCAGUGGUGCCAUAUUGGGGCUUCGCUGCACUCUCACACCCCCUUCACCUACCGUAUCCCCUCGGAUGCCUGGCGCAUGGUGAUGGGGCUCAAUGUGGUGUACAUGGCUGUGCCACUCCUCCUCGCCCUGCGCUGUGCCCUCCUCCCUGCCUACUUCAUGCCUGUUGUGCCCAAAGGCCAAGCCGAUAAGGAGAAGAAGAGGAAGUAGCCUGCCAGAACUUACAGAA